CCCUGAUUUUAUAUUCUCCUUCCAUUAGGAAUGCAGCACACUCUAGACUUCUUAGGACCUCCUUGAAGAAAUAAGACUAUCUUGCUCAAGAUGCUAUCUUCGGUUCUAGUUAUCAGAGGUUUGUUUCCCCAUCUCGAUAAGAUAAGCCGCAGCAUCUCUGCCAAGAACCACCGUUCGAGGAUCACAGAAAAACAAUUGAUUACCCUUGCAAGGCCUCCUCGCACACAGCGCGGCCUGUCUGCUAGAACAAUGGUGCUAUGCACGCCCUGAUCGGUUCUCUCCAAAGGGCAGCAUCCUUUUGUCUGCGCAGACCUCCUGCACUCCGCUGCUUCUCGCGUGUCGCGGGAGCCCGCUUCUACUCGGCUGCGCAAUCUCCAUCCGCGUACUUUGAAGAGACCGUCGAUGUACCUGUGGGCGGUGAUGGAUCUUUAUCAUUGAGUAUCCUUCAUCCCGCUUCUCUACCGCAGAACGUGCGCCCAAAUGUGAUCCUCUACCUCCCUCCUGGUCCACUGUUUCAGCAGGACGAACCCGACAGCAAUGGAACCAACGGGGACGAUUACCUGUCGGAAUAUACUCCGGAUAUUGACGUUCUUUCACCGCAACAUAUCCUGGCUUACACCACUCUGUCCACGGUCGUAACGGUGAAUUAUCGCCUUGGGAAACAGCUCUUGCGGCCAGAAACCGCAUUACCGGGAGAACCUCAAAGUCACGACCCCCCGCCGGCGAAAUUUUACAAAUACCCUACUCCUAUUCAUGAUACUUUGGCUGGUUUCGAUUGGGUUCUACAGAAUCUUCGACCUAUGCAGCUCUGCGUGUAUGGCCGACAUGUCGGUGGCUCUCUGGCGGUGAUGCUGGCGCUCACGGAGCCGCGGUCUAUACUAGCCAUUGCCGCAUACGAGCCUGUAUGCGAUUGGGUCGGUUUGGACGAUUAUUGUGUCUCUGUACCGGAUGAGGUAGAUCCGGAUGUUGCUGUUGGGGGCAAUGGAGAGAAAGGGUCGAACGGAGUCGAAGCGGCUAAGAAGCCCCCGCGACAGAGGACGAGGCGUCCCGCGGCUGCGCCUGGGGAUCUUGUUCCUCUUCUCGAAGCUAGGGAGAAGUUCUUUCUGAAACCGGAAAAGUAUUUUGACCCAUUUGCAUCUCCGAUUCUGUUCCUGCGUUCAGCGGGAAAGGAAGUGCCGCUGGAGUUUCCGAAGUAUCUGACUGGACCCGACUAUCCUGUUCCGGUUUCUGCACAACCGAAAGAAGAAGAGGAGCUGAUUGAUUUUUGGGACAUUUACAUGCCCCCUGAGGAUGAAUCGACCAGUCCUUCUACGUCUGGUUCUGAGAUCGACCCCAUUGCAGACAUGAAGCCGGUCCGACGCCGAAAAGCUCUGUCUCGAUGGCCACCGUACGGUCUCGACUACGGACUGAGUGCGGAUAGCUGGACGUCUCCCAGUAUUCGCCGAUCACAGGUUACUCUGCCGUGGGUACGGCUUUAUGUGCCUGGGGAAAGGAUCACUGAGCCAGAAGAGGUUAUCUUAGACUUUGAGAGCCUCGGCAUAGAGGACGAAGCCGGAACGGAGGAAGAGGGCAGGAGGACUCGGCGCCGCCGUGGAAAACCAGUCAUUGAGAAGACAGUGUUAGAGAACCAGGCUACGGAGAUGGUGUCGGUCAUGCAUCGAGCCUGUUUCUUUGGUCGGGAGAAAGGCUUUGGCCAGAAUCGAGUGAAGCUUGUUCGUAUCCCCGCUCAGGGAACUUCCGCAGCAGAUGAAAGCUCUACCCCAACCGGGGCAAACAAAGCAGCUGAGGAAGAAGCAGGAAGAUGGCUUAGCGGUAUCCUAACUACCUAAGUGAGAGUCAACAGGCCCGGCUUUAUCGAUGCUAGAUGUAAUAUCAAUCUUACAAACUGUAACAUUAUGAUGAUAAACACAUGAUAAAUCUCAUCAAUUGCCUCCAACUCAAUAACCAUGCUUCACAUAUUUCACACACAAUCCCUGCUCCUCAAUUGAACCAUGUCAAAAAGUAAAACCAACUCGUAUGGUCCAAAAAAGAAGUCGAAGUCCUAGUAAGACUUCAUACGAUGCUGCUCACACUCGGAAUCGAACCAAG